UCAGCUCUCAAAGUACAACCUACUUUAUUUCAGAAUGUUGAACCUUCUGACAAGAAUUCAAUCCAUUUUGAACUGAUUGCUGAAAGCCAAAAUGCAGAAACAGAGUUUUUCAACAAGGUUUCCAAGAAUCUUUCAAUUAAAAGGUCUUCCCAAAAGUUAUCUCCAGGAAAAAUGCCAAUAAAUGAUCAUGACUCUGGUGUUGAAGAUGAAGAUUUUUCUCCAAGACCAAUUCCUAGUCCUCAUCCUGUGAGUCAGAAGGUUUCUAAGAUCCAACCAUCAGUUCCUGAACUUUCCCUUGUGUUGGAUGGCAAUUUCAUAGAAUCAAAUCCUCUGCCUAAGCCAUUGGAAAUGGUGAAUAAUGAAAAUCCUUCUUUGUUCAUUAAAAACUCUGAACACUUGGAGCCAUUGCAACCCCAGCUUUACAAUGACAAACACAGUCUAGAAGCUGAAGCUGGAGAUCUUUCCUUGAAAGGGCUACCAAGUCAGUCAACCCAGAGCACUGUUCCUUUGAGACACAGCAAAGGAAGACAGCCAUCUAGCUGUAAGAACAGGAACCUGCAUAUCAGGAACAGUGUUAAACCAUCUUCUCUUAAUAGGCCAUCUUCUAAUACAAAUGUAUACAAAGAAGAAUAUCCUGUAAGAUCCUCCACAUUUAAUUCCAAGCAGUCUUCUCUUGCCUCACGGUCUCACCCACACAGUUUUGUUUUUUCAUCCCAUAAUUCAGAAAGACCAAUGGAACUUCAGAUACCCACUCCACCACCACCGUCUUACUGUCCUACAAAUGUUUGUAGUUGUUGUCAGCAUCAUGGCCACGUGCAGUAUAGUUCAAUAAAUUCUUGGCAAGGAGUGAAUACAGUAGGGUCUGUUCAAGACCUCCAGUCUGAAGCCCUUCACAAGCAUUCAUUAUUUCACCCAGGUGGAUGUCCAGCUCUGUACCCUAAUGCAUUCUGUUCUUCAAGUAGUCCUAUAGCCUUGAGACCUCAGGGAAACACGGGUGGUUGCUCUCCCCACAGCACUGUAGAACCAUCGCCUGUGGCAAGACUGCCCUUACAUGUGGACUCAUGUAACCCACCACCUUGUGCAGUUUGCAUGCACACACCCAAGACUGAGUCAGAUAAUGGAAUGAUGGGACUAUCUCCAGAUGCAUAUAGAUUCCUUACAGAACAAGACAGACAGCUGAGACUGCUUCAGGCACAGAUUCAGCGUUUAUUGGAAGCACAGUCUCUGCAGCCCUGUUCCCCUAAGACAACCUCUGCUGAAGACAUGGUGCAAGCUGCAAGACAAAUGGAGCUGGUUUCCAUGGAAGCACAGCCUUCCCCUGGCUUACACAUGAGAAAAAGUGUAAGCAUCGCUGUGAGCACAGGUGCCAGCUUGUUUUGGAAUGCAGCAGGCGAUGAUCAAGAGCCUGCAUCUCAGCAGAGGCAAGAUGAUACCAAGAUUUCCAGUGAGGACAUGAAUUUUUCUGUUGAUAUUAAUAAUGAAGUCACAAGUCCUCCAGGUAGCGCAUCUUCAUUAAAAGCAGUUGAUAUUCCCAGCUUUGAAGAAAGCAACAUUGCUGUGGAAGAAUUUAAUCAACCACUUUCUGUAUCCAA